AUGAAUGCCGCGAACUGUUGUGAUAUUGGUGUUCGAGAAUCGAUCGAUGUUAACACUGUGUACAUUUACUGUCUGUCCCAUAAAGCAACACAGCCAACCACAAGUACUUUCCGGCCAAAUAGAGCUCGAUUAGUAAUUAUUCAGAAAUGCCGACAGCUAUCGGACGAAAUAUAUUUUGGUCAGUCAAGGAGAAUCCAACUGCAUCCCUGUGUAAUCCAGGUCCCCUUUCUUGCUCUGGUUGUGCAGUUUGUUGUUGCAGUGAUAGACAUAGAUACUGAGGAAAUCUGGGACUGCCAUGCUUCGCCAGAUUUUAAGGAUCUGUAUCUCACUCGAGAUAGAGGCUUCAAAAUUGUGCCGGAAGUGGUGCCCUACGCUUGGAUGCUCGCAACCAACACUGAUUGCAGAAAUAAACAGCUUCCCUCAUACGCCGGCAACUUAGUGUUUGUGUUACCGGUCAAAAAUGAAACACCCAUCACUUACACGAUUAGGAUCACACUUAACCAGAAGGCAACAGAGUAUGAAGAUAUAGAGUUGGACAUGAAGCAAUUAACUGUCAAGUCACAUGAAAGAAACACGAAUCUGUGGGAUUAUCAAAGUGGAAGAACUGUAAAGGAAGUGGAGAAGCCUUUACCAAGAAUUAAAAUGUCAGGUGUUUUGUCAAAGCAGAGUGGAAGAACCGUAGUGAUGCACUUUCAAAAACUUGGUGAUAAUGGUCAAUACAAUAAGUUUCUGAUAGAUAAACAGAAGCUUACUGACCGUGUCGAUGGAAUUGUGAGGUAUCAAGACCUCUACUUAGUUGUUCGUUUGGAGGAAGCCAUAAUGCAGUUCGCUCAGAACAAAAUGGAUGACUGUUUAGCCAUUUGCCGAGAUGUUGCUGCACGUGCCAAUCGUUCUAACUCAGGAAAUUGGCCUUUUCUAAUGACGAAAGCAUAUUACAUCAUCUCUGCCAUACAUAGACAGGCAGAAAAUUUUGACCUUUCCGCGGAGUACAUGGAAAAUUCCACGGAGUGCCUUGAAGUUGCUUGCGUGAGUGAAGAGACCGCUGUCAACAAGUACAACAAAGCAGCGUUGAUACAAGCCAAAUCAGCUGCCAUUGGAAUAACAUCAGAAGAAGAUCGAGAAAUCGAAGAAAUUUUCGAGGAUGUUAAGAUAAUCUGGGCACAACAGGAGCAGAACGAUAGCAUGCGCUGCAUCAAUAGGGUGAGCAUCAGGAUGAUCUAUCACUAUUUAAGUUCCUCCCGCCAAAAGUUCCCAGAUCCAAGAAAGGAUGUUUCCGCUGUAAAUAUUGCUAAAGCAGACCGUAUAAUCAAGGAAGUUGAAAACAGGUUGCUUCCUCAGUGUGAAAAAAGAUUCGAGGCAAAUUUCCUUAUUGCAAAGGCAGAUUCCUCCAUUCGCAAAGCGCUGCAACGGGAUACAGAAUUUACAGAACAAGAAAGAGUUGCAUACUUAAGAGAAGCUGAGAACGUUCUCAAUCAAGCAGAACAAAUAUCCAGAGAUCUUAAAAUGCAAAACGAAAUACAGGGAAUAAAUGACAGAAGGCAUAACAUCCAAAUUCUUCUUCACCGAGGCUUCUGGCUCCAACCAAGACCGGGCCAAGUGCAGCCGAAACGAAGGCCUGAAGAGAGGAACACAGAUGAUAUUGAUGAUCUACUGGAUAAUUUGUUUCUAGAAGAGGGAGGAGGCAACAGACGAUGAGGAAAUCGAUCCGCUGGGUAAAAGAUGAAAAAUAAAAAGAAGGAUAUUUUGAAGUUUGAAUCAUUGCUGUUUACUAUGCAGUUGUAUGCAGCCAUGAUGCAUGAAUAGUGACUUCUUCUAAGUUGGUUGUGGAAUUCUGGAUUAGAAAAAAUUUUCUAAAGCUGCUAUAGAAUAAUCUUGAUUAGAAACCAGGCAACCUCUUCCACCUACCCACUGGAAGAGAUGAGAUACUGGAUAGAUACAAGAAAAUGGCCGUAGCCUCUAGGUUUGAGUUAAAGCUCCACAGAAGAGUUCUUCUUGUAAUUUAUUGCACAAAUAUCCGAAAAGGGACAUCCAUCGGUCUUAGUAUUUACUUAUCAGGGGCUACGUCGUGUUAAACAGCCAAAUAAAUGCGUAGUAUGUAUCAGCAAUGAAAAAUCGCCAAGAGCUUGUGAAGUAAAUAAUAUGAGUUUUCUAAAACUCGCUUAAGGUUAAGUUAAAGCCUGCCUGUUCUUGGAAAAAAAGGCGAUAUUUAUUAUUCUUAGCUCAUUUCUGAAAAAAAGUCUCAUAACACCACAAUGCGGUUGCAAUGUAUUAAUAUAUUUCUUGUUGUUAUAGAUAAUAUUUGUAAAAGAAGUUUCUGAAAUGUUUGGUCGUGCUGACUUCAUACCAUCGAGCUUUCUGGAACAUUUUAUUAGGCCACGCAAUUAUAGGGUAACACUACCAAAAUAUUUAUAUUAAGCUUCCAGAUUGUUCUAAAUUUCUUUGUAAAGCUAUACCGAGAAAGGGUUAUUAAAAAAGAUUGCUCAUUUCAAGAAACUUUGGAGACAACUGUGAGUUGGUGUCAAUGGUGAGCUAAGAUACAAUUUGAAGCGGGCUGAAGGAAAACACCAGUAAAACAUUACGGUAAAGUUGAUGACUUAAACGACUGUGAUAACUAAAAAAAUAUUUUAUUAAGCGUUUUCGUUGA